GUUGUGUGGCGCCUGUCAGCUGCCCUUGUGUUGUGAUCUUGGAGUCGUUCGGUUCGCGUCCCGUGGGGCGUACAGGCGAAUGAACUGGAGCUGGCAGCAUGCCAUCGUCGUCAGCUACGGGCUUCCGCCUAUGCUGCUGGUGCUGGCGACUCGCUGUUAAGGGUGUCUUUGAUGUGUAGGAUGCCCCACACGCCAGCCGCUGAUGCUGCCUUCCACAUAGCUUUGGCUCUGGAACUACAGUGUCAUUCAUCCGCGCCACGUUUCUAUGUGUAUACCUGUGCCCAGCGAGGGGCAGCACUGGUUCUGGUGAUGGCAGACAUCAUCUACGCUUUGCCAUGUAUGAUAGAAGGGCGUCCUUUGUGGUGUGUGUGCUCCGGCAGAGGAGGUACCCCCGCUUGGAAUAUUCAUCGACGGGGGUCUUGGCGAGGUUACGGACAGGACGCGACUGACUUUCUCGAAGAGAAGCGUCGCCCCUGGAGCCGUAAAGAGGCCGAGAUCCCAGAUCAGACAUUGAUGAUGCCGCUCUUUGUGUCUGGAUAUCCAACAUUUGGUGGGGGGAGGAACGGCGGGGGAGGAGAGGCUCAAUGUGAAGAAGCGCCAAAGCUAGAUCCACAGCGGAGAGGCCAGGAGGCGGACCACGAGAGCAGCAAGGCAUAGCCUCAUUUAUCGAGAAACAAGGACAGGAAUGACGAGAGCUGAGAGCAGAAAACGACAGCGCAAGGUCGAAAGUUGACUGAUGUCGACAUCGGGGCGGGGAUGUUGUGUCGAU